GAUGAGGGGGACAAAACUAAACUAGACCUGCAGAACAGUAACUACAAAGCUUUAAAAACAUUUAGGAUUUGGUAGCAAUAACUUGACCCAACCCGACAACACCCAACGUUCUUCUUCGUACAACACAACACAAACCAACACAACUUUUCUUCCUGUUUUCUGUGUCCAUCAAUGGCAGACUACGACACCCACAACCACCAACAACCCACCGUCUCAAAGGAAACAGCCUUCCAAGCCUUGAACACCAUAAUCCAGCUCCACUUCGAGAAAACCCUCGAGAAGAAACGCGCAAUCGACCUCCAGAAGAAGGAACUUCACAAGCUCUUCCAAACCUUCUUCAUCUUCCUCACCCUCGUCCUCCUCUUCCAAUCCCAGUCGCAGCGCCUCCAGUGCCGCCACUGCUGGAUCCCCAUCACGCUCCUCUCGCUUGCCCACCUCAUUUUCUAUGUCUCCGUCGCACAGACGCUUCGCUGCAUCAAUGGGUUCAAGUACCAGCGCCGCUGCCACAAGCUGACUCUUGGUUUGGCCACUGAGAAGCUCCGGGAGAUGAGGAUGCGCCUUAGCGCCGCCGCCGCCGGUGAUGUUCAUGAGUAUGAUGAUGAGGAGUUUGAGAUUCAUUACCAGGAACCGCCUGAGAGCUAUUUUGGUAAGUUUAAGAGGAAUUGGGCUCUGCAUUUUGGCUUCUUGAUCUUGAUCUAUGGGUUUAUGAUCUCUUCCUCUGUUGUUCUUCUCUGUUUUUGAGAGUGAGAUUUUCCCUAAUCUGGUGUAUUUAUUUUGAAUUAAGUGUUAGAUAAUGUAUGAUUGAGAAUUGAGAUAGAGUAGAGAGGUAUCACAAUUUGUAAAAUUGUAUGAAUUUAUUUGCAGUUUAGUGUCAAAUUCAGAAAUCAAAUCCAUUCUCACUAGUACUUUUGUGUUU